AAAAUGCAAAAUGUUUAAUCCGCAAAGAUAUCAGAGGCAGCUGUUACAAAGAGCUAAUGACUAAUGAGUAAGAAUCAUGUGAUUUGUGCAUACCUCACUCUCUCUCUCUCUCGGAUAUUAACAGAACUUGUCUAACCCUCCCUGAUCUCACCCACCCCACAAGUUUGUUUCUUUGGGUUUUGUUCUUUCUUAGCUGCUUCGUUUUACAUGUUCAAUGGCCUCAAGUGCUUCAAGGUUCAUCAAAUGUGUCACCGUUGGUGAUGGGGCUGUGGGGAAGACUUGUAUGCUUAUUUGCUAUACCAGUAAUAAAUUCCCUACUGACUACAUACCAACUGUGUUUGAUAACUUUAGUGCAAAUGUGGUAGUUGAAGGCAUCACUGUCAACUUGGGCCUGUGGGAUACUGCUGGACAAGAGGAUUACAAUAGAUUAAGGCCCUUGAGCUACCGAGGGGGAGACGUGUUUGUCUUGGCUUUCUCCUUAGUUAGUCGUGCAAGCUAUGAGAACAUACUUAAAAAGUGGAUCCCCGAGUUGCAGCAUUUUGCCCCUGGAGUCCCAGUUGUACUGGUUGGCACCAAAUUGGACCUUCGCGAGGAUAAGCACUAUUUGGCUGAUCAUCCUGGAUUAGUGACUGUGACAACUGCACAGGGUGAGGAGCUCCGCAAACAGAUUGGUGCUGCCUAUUAUAUUGAAUGCAGCUCUAAAACUCAGCAGAAUGUGAAAGCAGUUUUUGAUGCUGCAAUCAAGGUAGUCAUCAAGCCACCACAAAAACAAAAGGAGAAGAAAAAGCCACGUCAAGGAUGUCUAGUAAAUGUUUUUUGUGGAAGGAGGCUUGUGUGUUUGGAAUAAUCUACAUCCAGCUAUACCUUUAUAGCGUUUUUUAGGCAUACUAACAUGAUGCUCAGAUGCUCACCACUCAGCAAAUUGUCAGGAUUCUGCCAUUACAUAGUCUAGUUGCUGUUGUCUUCAACAGAACAGCAUAUUGGUCCCUCUUAAAGUCACUUUGUGUCUCUCUUUCGCUCUCCAUUUUCAAAUUGUAUGUUUAAUGAUUGAAAAGUGAACACCACCGAGUACAUUUAUUGUAGAGAAUUAAAGUUCAAUGCUUUUUAUUUUUUUGUUCAGAAAAUGGAUAUGUAAAUAGGCCACUCUACAUAUUUGUCAGGAAGUAUUGUCUCUCAGCACUACACAACUAUCUGUAAGAGAUCCUACCGCACUUACGUUGAAAAUGUAGUUGAAG